CUCUCCACUUCUCUCAUUUGAUUUCAUUCUCUCCCUUCAUCUUCCAAAUCUUGUAACCAUUUUGGAGACUUGUAUUUUCAAAAUUGUUAAUAUUUUGGACUGCAGGUUCUUCCUUGUCAAAUCGGGACUUUGGUUGAAUAUGACAACUACAGUUGUUCCUACAGUUCUUAGCUAUAAGAACUACAAGGAUUGGAGUUUUCGGAUGAAGACCUACUUUUUGGCCGAAGAUCUUUGGGACAUCGUCAGCGGCACCGUUACGAAACCUCCUGAAGGAGAAGAACAUAAAGCUUGGAAGAAGAAGGAUGCCAAGGCCUUAUACGCAAUCCAGAAUUCUUGCGGGGAUAAUACUUACAAGCUUAUCAAAGGCAAAACCACGGCCAAAGAAGCAUGGGAUACUUUGGUACAAAAAGUUCGUUACGGGUCUGUAAAUUUAUCAGAUGAAGAUUCAUCAGAUGAAGAUUCACAUGAUGAAGCAAACAAGCCAGUUUGUCAUGUGUAUCCAACUCCGCCUGAUCAUGAUGCUACGCUAGGGUAUGUAAAUUUAUCAGAUGAAGAUUCAUCAGAUGAAAAUUCAUCAGAUGAAGAUUCACAUGAUGAAGCAAACAAGCCAGUUUGUCAUGUGUAUCCAACCCCGCCUGAUCAUGAUGCUACGCUAGAGUCGGCAAUGGAAGAAGCACUGAGCACUAGAGGAGCAGGACAUGAUGAGAGCAUCCAAGAAACUUUCGUGAAAUAUGUCAAGUCUGAUGAUUGGGAUAAUGCGAUCAAGUUUCUUCGCCAACAUCCCCAGGCAGCAAGUGCAAGGAUGACAGAUUGGCCAUAUACAACAGCUCUUCACUACGCAAUCAGGAAGAGGUGCAGCGUGCGCAUUAUACAACAGUUGGUGGAUUUAAUGGCAAACGCACUCUUGGAAACAGCAGACAGCUUCGGAUCAGCUCUUGAUUGUUUAAUAAAUGAUUGUCCAGAAUGGGUUGAAGCAGCUGAAUGCAUUGUUAAAAAGAACCUCAAUAUAGUUACUAGUGUACCUUCUAACCGUGUGCCUCUAGUUCUCGUGGCCCAAGGGACGGCAAAGGGGGAAAGAUUGGCUCGCUUUCUCUAUUCCCUCACUCCACACGAACAACUAAAUGUUUCCCAGGCCGCUCAUCUUUUUUCUCUUGGUUUUCAUCUCCAGAGACUUGAUAUUGCUUGGGAUUUGAUACAACGUUACCCAAAAUUGGCUAUAACUAAAGACUUGGACAAGAAUAUUCCUUUAGUGACAUUGGCCUCUAACGGUUCUGCAUUCAAAAGUGGAAGCCGACUCAAUUUAUGGGAAAAUUUGAUCUAUCAUGGUAUCCGCAUAAAACCUCUUCCUCCCAUCAACAAGGAAAAACAUGAAGGUGACCAAAAAGAGAAUCAAGGGCAUCAUCUCAUUUCCUCAGGAAUGACUUUAUUCCGAGGACUACUGACGAAUCUCCAAACACUUUUGGGAAUCACUCAUAUAUAUCAGAAGAAAUUGAUGCAUGAGCGGGUCCAGCAGUUUCUACCUCUCAUGUGGAAAGUGAGCGAAGGAGAUAGGAAUAUUUUAAAAAGACAAAAAUUGAUCAAAGCAUUGUGCGUGGCAACAGAACGAGGGCAUGUGGAGUAUAUUUUUUAUUUUCUCAAAUAUUCCACAUUAGACUUUGAUUCAGUUCAGAACGAAAAAGGCCAGAACCUAUACCAAAUUGCCGCUGAAUGCCGUCACCACAAAAUUUAUAAUCUUAUACAUGUGCACGAUCAGUUGCGCAAGAAAGGUAAAAGAUUAUACUUCUAUCCUGCUGCCGAAAUGAAUAGAGUGGGGACAACAGAAUCCUAUCUGGGUAAGAAAGAUGACUUUGGGAAUAAUAUGCUACAUACGGUAGCAACUAUUAGCCCAUCGUCACAAAUUCAUGACAUUCAAGGCGCAGCUUUGCAAAUGCAAAGAGAACUACAAUGGUUUAAGGAGGUAGAGAGGAUUGCAAAUCCCAUGGAUCUUGAAUCUGUAAACAAAGAUGAUAAGACACCACGAAAAGUAUUUACGGAGAAUCACAAAGAAUUGGGGAAGGAGGCAGAAAAGUCAAUGAAGGAAACAGCAACUUCUUGUACAGUUGUAGGUGCUCUCAUUGUCACCAUCAUGUUUGCUGCAGCAUUCACAGUUCCUGGUGGAAAUGAUAGAAAUGAUGAAAAGGCAGGUCCUCCUACAUUCUUAACUAAUAAGGUAUACACAACUUUUAUAGUUUCAGAUGCAAUCUCACUCUUUUCUUCGACAACCUCCGUUAUCAUGUUUUUGGGCAUUCUCACGUCACGUUAUUUUGAAGAUGAUUUCUACAAAUCUUUGCCCAUAAAAAUGAUAAUAGGCCUUGUCACCCUCUUUUUAUCUAUCGCCACAAUGAUGAUUGUUUUUUCUUGUGGCCUUUACAUUAUGCUUGACGAGAAAUCCUCCAUUGUUGUCCCAAGCAUUUUGCUUGCCACUGUUCCAGUUACCUCCUUCAUUUGGAUGCAAUUUCCGUUGCUUGUUGAGUUAUUCAUUUCUACUUUUGGACGGGGAAUAUUUUACAGGAACCAGAAAAUUUUGUUUUGAAUUCCUAUGUUAUCUUUAGUUGGGUUUGGAUUUGCUACUUUUUAAGAAACUUGUAAAGAGAAGCCAAUUUAUGCACUUUCUAUUUGUCCAAUUAUGUAUACGCAUUCUAUUCGACAAUUGUGUAUGCGCUUUCAAUUUGACAACUAUGUAUGCGCUUUCGAUCCUUAAAGAAUUUUCAACUUCAAUUUAUAUUUUUGAGUUUUCUUUAUUGAUGAAUUUCUAUUUUGAGUUAGUUACUAAGACAAGCUAUAUAGGCUCUACUUUAAUGUUGAUAAUAUGAAUUCAUUGAAGAAAUCCCAAAAGGGGGAAAAGUACAUCAAAGACAUAACAAUU